AGUUUGAAUAGACAAAACGAUCCUAAUUAAGCGUUACGAUAAGAUUAAUUCUCACGACACCGAAUGUAAACGAUGUUAUAUGCAAAUUGGAACGUUAUUUCCAUUUACUUUUCCGACCAAACCCCGUAACCUAAACGCGUCAAAUCUCGUCGUUGACAACGACGAAAAACGAUAACAGUUGUGUUAAUAACAAAGGCGAAGACGACCGUGGGUAUUUAUUUUCGGUGAUCUAUUUCGGUCGGAAAUCAUGUAGCGUUUUAACGGGAUACUGCAAGAAAUUGAUUUCGAAAUGGAAUGGUUACGCAAUAACGGGUUUGUGGGCUCAGUUCGACCACUAAGGGCUAUUGGGCCCCCCGAUGGGGGCUGUGACCCCACAGCUUGUUACGACAGUUUUAAAGAACAUUGGCAACAAGCCUGGUUAAUUAUCCAACGAAAUCAGCAAUUACCUAGUCACGAUGACGUACUUGGAGUCGUUAAUCACCUUGAACAAAUGGUUUCAUUGCUUGUUUAUGACAUUAAAAAUAAUUUAAAUCCAUCAGAUUGUCUUGGAUACCUUUUAGAUGAAAACCUCUUAGAAAAACUUUAUAAUUGGAGCAUUGGUACAGGAAAAUAUAUAAACGCAGUGCGUUUGGAACAACUGAAGCUAUAUGAAACGCUAUUAAAUCAUUCAAGACACGUUUUGUUGGUUAGAGAUUCAUUUUUACGUCCGCUCUUAAGAUUGUUGGAGUCAUGUCAAAAUGAUGUUUUACAAAACCAAAGCGAAAAACGUUUGAUAGCGUUAUUAUACCAAUUAUGUGUGCAACUAAUGCAAAACGUGGAUCUCGUUGAUUUAUUUCUCAGGACGGAACCAAAACCGAAGUUUUUAUUGUUUACUUUAUUAAUUAAUUAUGUUUACCGUGAUGAUUCGAUUGGGAUGCAAGCGAGAGACGCUUUGUUGUUAUGUAUGUCGCUUUCGAAGAAGAAACGAAAUGUAGCUGAUUACAUUUUGAAUCAAUCAAACAUGGAUGUACUUCUUGUUUCUGGUUUAGGUGGAUUGUAUUCGAUUCUUCCGUUAGUUUUGACGGAUGUGACGGCGCCGGAUUGGCACAGAUUAACAGCGGAUGAUGUUAAGGAUAUUAAAGACUUAUCGGAGUUUAUAACAUCUUUAGAAUUUAUAAAUGCUGUGGCUCAUGUUGCGCAUCCGGAUAUUGCGAAAGGAUUAGAAGAAUUUAUGCAUAGAGGAUUUUUUAUACCCGUUUUAGGACCGGCGUUGCUACAAUCAAAUUGUGCCGAACAAACAACGGCGAUUGCUUAUUUAGAAUUAAUUUUAAGGACCGUUACCCAACCGGGAUUACUUUAUCCUUUAUUACAAUUUUUAUUAAAAAGUGAAUACGACGGCGAACGACUUUUAACGAUAUUAAUCGAUCGAAUCGAUUCAGAACCACAAUUAACACUCGUUUCUUUAGCGCUUUUCGAAUCCCUAUUAGAUCUUAAUUGCGAGGACGUCAUGUUGGAGUUGGUUUUUAAAUAUUUAAGACCGUGUUUACAUGUUAUGUUAUCGCAAAGAUGUACGAGUUUUCCGCUUGAUAUGCGGUGUCAAAGCUUCGAAAAAUUAUUAACUUUAUCACCAACAUGUUGCGAUACAUUAUCUGUUAUACCAAAGAUCGAUGGAAGGCCGGUUUAUCAACAAAGUUUAUAUGGCAAUUACCACGCAUAUCUUUACGAUGCUCGGAACAAAAUUAAUUUAUGCCAAAUCAUGUGUUCGAAUUGGAACAAUUCUUACGCUGGUUGUGAUAGUUCCUUGGGCGAAAGUAGCGGAUACGAAAGUUUGAAACAAAAAAUUGAAAGCGACGCGGAUGGAAGGGAUAGAGAAAGGCCGAUUUGGCAAAUUUCCUCGAAAAAAAUUGAUAAAGACGAUAUGGAAAAAUUUGUUGAUGACCCUAAUUGUUUAACGUCAUCCGAUGCGAUCGGGCCGUUUCUUACCGUUAUUUUAAACAAAUUAAAAGUUUUAUUAAAUAAUACUAUUUACGUUAAUUUACACCUAACAGGGUUAAUAUCUCGACUUGCUGUUUACCCACUUUCUUUGUUAAGAAGUUAUUUAUUGGACCAUAGUUUAAUUUUACAACCGAAUGUACCUUCAUUAUUUCAGAUUAUAGCAUCAUUAAAAACUGUAAUAGACACAUACAUGUUACGUCAAGCAGAUUGGCCAGCAUUAAUAGAAGAAGCAAGAUUAUUCUUGGUGGAUCGUGAAACAAGAUUAGUAAACGCGAGGCGUGAACGUUUUAGUUGUCCAUUACCGCCCGUUCCAACGCCUCAACAACAAAACUUGUCUGAUAGUGAUAAUCAACCGUUUUCGCGUAAUAAAGGUAUAAGGAGGAGUUUUACAUCGUCGAUAUCAUCGAUUUCGAGCAUGUUCAAUCGACGGCAUAGCCACGUUGAAACAAGUAUGCCACAGCAAAUGGUUCAAUUAGAUGGUAGUCCCGAAAGUUUGGUUUAUCCGAAAUUUACGGAAAGUCAACAUGUUGCGAUUUGCGCGGUGUUGCUGGAUGAGUGGGUGAAAGAGCUUGCUGCGCUGGCUCAAGAACAUGCCGUCUCACAAUUAACUUCUUUAUACAAGUAACAAAACGUGUAUACAUUUAUUUGUAUAUAUAAAUGUUGUAUUAUUAUAUUUUUUGUACAUAUAAUAUUACUAAUAUGUAAAAUAUAUAAAAAAAAAUUAACUCAUAUUAAAGAGUCUUUUUUAUAUUAUGAAACGAGUAAAAAUGUUACAAUAUGG